CAGGGCGUAGCGCGACGGGCGCCGCACUCGGCGUUUGAAGACCCAAGGCACAUCGAUGAUCCAUGGAGGGAAAGCAUCGAAAUAAGGACAAUGGUGUUUUAUGAUGUCUAAGCAGGGCAGUCCAGCAAAGAAGACAUUAGAUCACUGCCUGCAAUUUUGCAAUGACUACACAGGGUACCUCUAAAAUGAGGGAGCUACAUCGACGGGAUGAACUGGACUCCGACACAGCGGCAUGCCGUGGAGUGCCUGCCUCAAAGCAGCGCGUAGGUGCUCACACCAUGCACCGAGGGUUACCCUCGGGACAGUGGCGUCCGGGACGGACCAAUCUAGACAGGGCCCGGACGUACAUGACUCUAUUUUGCCGGGACACCAAAUUAGGGAUCCGAUUGCUUUUCCAGAGACCCUUCGGCUUUGCAAAAUCAUUACGUGUGUUCGGGAAGCUGAACAAGGUAGCUCCCAUAGCUAUUGGAGCUGCCUUGAGCUGUGGGGGUUCACCAGGAUGUUGGUGAGCAAGAUGAUAGACAAACCAGUUAACCACUUGACCUGCACCCCGCAAUAUCACAGCCUGGAUAUUACAUUGCCGGUUUUAGCGUGGUCUCUGAUAGAUGGCAGCGCUGGCCUGGCAACGAUUGGUGAUGCAAUCAUUGCAUGCCUCCUCUACUCUCGGCAUCCAAAGGGCGUCUCGGUACCUUCUCAUCAGCCGCCUGGGGAAGAGGUCCUACACUACUAUCACAGCUGAGUGUUACAUCCCGCUGGUAACGUGCUCAAUGUCAAGGCCACCGGCCGAGCUCGGAGACGAGUCGCCUAUGCCUCGUUGGCCAAUGCCAACAAUCCAUGCUGGAAAGCAAGCCGCUGCACAGCUCCGCGGUUGCAGAAGAUCAGUUUCGCAGCCCCGACCGAGGAGGUUA